AGCAGACUGAAUUCCUAGGCCUAAUAAUAAAAUGCGUAUCAGUGGUUGGUUCAGCUUUAGCCAGGACCGAAAUGUUCUCCAUGACUCAAGUAAUGUUUCUGUUCUUUACCGUGGCCUUGCCUGCCUCCUCCCUCUCUCUUUCCCUCUCCUCCCUCUACCUCUCUCUUUCUGUGCGGGAGGGAGGGGGGCAGAAGUUAUAGCUACUCUCCCCUCCGCUUUUGUUCUGGAACUCGAGCGUAGCAGCAGCAGGGGCGCGAGGCAGUGGUCGGUAUGGCGGGAGGCUCGAGCGGCUUCACAUUUCUCGGGGUUCUGCUGCUCGCGGCGAUUCUGCUGCAGACUGUGGCCGUUACCGUCACUGUGCUCUACUUCACUAACGUCCUCAACACGGUAAGAACCAUGGAAGAUGGAGGGAUAGUAUACAGACACUUACUAUUGAAGUAUUUGAGGUCGCUUGAUGUUGCUUGGAAUUUGCACUUUUGGGACUAUUGCAUUGGCUCCAUUGUUUCGGGCCUGGCCGUGUAGUGCCAGGCAUUUGAAAGUAUUUCAAAUGUAUUUGACCCAGGUUUGAUAUGUUGUUCUGCGCAGUUCCAGUGCGCAUACAGUUAGAGAAAGUAGUUUUGUUCCAAUAAAGCUUUUGCAGGAAAACGUGUUGCCUUGCAAGUUAAUUACCUGAAUUGUUUGUUUAAUGUAAUAAAAAUUGCCUAUGUGUGCACUGCAGAGAACGCUCAAUGCAUUCUGUAAAAUAAAGAGUGUUUGUGUGUUGUAGUGCUGUGCUGUGCUGCGCACUGGGAUAUAAGGAAGUUAUGUGCAGAGAAAAUGUGCAAAAAGGCUGCCUGCAAGAACCAAAACUCAGACUUUAUUGAUAUGCCAAUUUACCAGCUUUAUUGUUUGCUUAUUGUUUCACCUUAUUUUGGCAGGGAAAGUUUAGUGCAUUCUCAAGUGCAUUGUUCAAUUGCUAGUGAAACUGUAAUGAUGUAACUUUUUGUUAGGCAUUCUGUGUUAUCCUCUCCUACAGCUGUGCUCUAUUUUUAUAUCUUAUCUUUCUCUCUGCAUUGUUGGAAAUGGACCUGUAAGUAAGCAUUUCACUGUUAGUCUAAACCUGUUGUCUACGAAACAUGUGACAAACAACAUUUUAUUUUAUUUGUACUUUAGUAACCUGGAUUAUUUCCAUAACGAUUGAGCAACAAUGCUGACUCUCCCUCUCUGCUUCCCGAUACUCCCCCUCUGUCAUUCUCCUCUCUCACUCUCUCCCCCCCCCCCCCCUCUCUAGUUCUCUCUCUCUCUGUCUCUCAGUGAUUGUCAUCAGUGUUGAUGGAUGUUAAUCAUUACCAACCUGUAUACAGUAGGAAACUGAAACCUAAAAUACAUCUACAGAGGAAUGUUACUUAUAAAGACUUUAGACAGACACUCCAUUUGAACAUGGCAUUAUUAGUUUCAUUACAAUGUAAAGGGAGUCAAUGAAGUAAACUACAGUUUGUUUCGUAACUCCGGUCCCCCAAGUACCCACAACGACAAUACACAUUGUGUUAUGUAGGAGGUGUGUAUUAUUCAAAUGAAAUGUGUGUGUGUUAUUCAGAUGAAGGAGACGUUUGCAAGGAGCAGUGUGUCUUGUCUGACACGGUCUGACCUCAGAGGGGGGUAUGUGCGCUCCCCGACCGAGGGGAAAGGAGACCCCUGUUGGCAGGUCACACAGCAACUACACACCCUCAUAGAGAAGGUAACACACACACACACACAUAUCCUCAUCGAGUAAGUAUCCACCUCGCACGGGGCCCAGGUCUUCCAGUAGGACAGAGGGGCUCCCUAUGCAAUUUACCAUUAACCACAGAUUUAGGAUCAGAUUACUCUCCAUUAAUCGUAACCUUAAAGGCCCAAUGCAGCCCUUUUUAUAUCAAUAUCAAAUCAUUUCUGGGUUACAAUUAAUUGCUGUAUGUACUAUUACAGAGUUUUUCAUAAAAAAUGGUCUAAAAUAAACAAAAAUAGCUUUUUAGCAAAAAACUAUUUUUCAAGUAAGAAUUUUGCUAGGACUGCCUGGGAGUGGUCUGCCUGGGAGGGGAAAACUGAAAACGAGCUGUUAUUGGCAGAGAGGAUUGGAACUCUCUUUGUUAUUGGUCUGUUAACUAAUUUACCGCCUGGUAAUGUCACCGGGCAAGCCAAAACUCCACCCAUGCAAAACUGCGGAUUAGAAAUUCCUGUGUACACUGAACAACAUGUAAAGUGUUGGUCCCAUGUUUCAUGAGCUCAAAUAAAAAAUCCCAGCAAUGUUCCAUACACACAAAAAGCUUAUAUCUCUCAAAUUUUCCCUAUUAGUGAGCUUUUCUACUUUGCGAAGAUAAUCCAUCCAGCUCACAGGUGUGGCAUAUCAACAAGCUGAUUAAACAGCAUGAUCAUUCCACAGGUGCACCUUGUGCUGGGGACAAUAAAAGGCAACUUUAAAAUGUGCAGUUUUGUAACACAACACAAUGCCACAGAUGUCUCAAGUUUUGAGGGAGCGUGCAGUUGGCCUGCUGACUGCAGGCAUGUCCACCAGAGCUGUUUCCAGAUAAUUUAAUGUUAAUUUCUCUAUCAUAAACUGCCUCCAAUGUCGUUUUAGAGAAUUUUACAGUCUGGCCUCACAACUGCAGACCACGUGUAACCACAGUAGCCCUGGACCUCCACCUCUGGCUUCUUCACCUGCGGGAUCGUCUAAGGGGGGUGGGGGGGGAACGGUGCUGAGAAGUAUUUCUGUCUGUAAUAAAGCCCUUUUGUGGGGAAAAACUAAUUCUGAUUGGCUGGACCUGGCUCCCCAGUGGGUGGGCUUAUGUCCUCCCAGGCCCACCCAUGGCUGCACCUCUGCCCAGUCAUGUGAAAUCCAUAGAUUAGGGCCUAAUUAAUUAAUUUAAAUUGACUGAUAUUGUUAUAUGAACUGUAACUCAGUAAAAUCGUUGAAAUUGUUGCAUGUUGCGUUUAUAUUUUUGUUCAGUAUAGAUUGUAUUUUCUUCCAGGAUCUAUCAGGCAAUAACACUGAGCACAAAAUUUUUCACACUUUUACAGUGUUAGUUUCAUCAGCUGUUGUACAAUAUGAUACAACACACAGUGAAAACAAAAUGUUGACUGCACUGGACCAAAAACCAUUAGGGGGGAAAUGCAAAACUGACCUAAGAUCAGCAACUUCACCCUCCUCAGCAGAGUUUCAGACAUACAAUGGGGUCUUUAUGGUGCAGGGAUGGGAUCCACUGUGGCUUAAUCAGCACUGGAAUGUACUCACCUGGCCAGAGACACACAAAGACUCCACACACACACAGUUUGUGCAAUCAUGUUUUGUGCUUUUAUUUGAAAUGUGUUAAACAAAUUCUCUCUCUCUCAAGUCUCUGUUUCAGCGGUAUCAGAGGGAGAUCUCCUCAGCAGUUAGAGGUGAGAUACACUACAUGACCAAAAGUAUGUGGUCACCUGCUUGUCAAACAUCUCAUUCCAUAAUCAUGGGCAUUAAUAUGGAGUUGGCCCCCCUUUGCUGCUAUAACAGCCUCCACUCUUCUGGGAAGGCUUUCCACUAGAUGUUGGAAUAUUGCUGCAUGGACUUGCUUCCAUUCAGCCACAAGAGCAUUAGUGAGGUCGGGCACUAAUGUUGGGCGAUUAGGCCUGGCUCGCAGUUGGCGUUCCAAUUCAUCCCAAAGGUGUUCGAUGGGGUUGAGGUCAGGGCUCUGUGCAGGCCAGUCAAGUUGGAAGCACAGAAUCGUCUAGAAUGUAAUUGUAUGCUGUAGCGUUAAGAUUUCCCUUCACUGGCACACAGCCCCAGACCAUUAUUCCUCCUCCACCAAACUUUACAGUUGGCACUAUGCAUUAGGGCAGGUAGCGUUCUCCUGGCAUCCGCCAAACCCAGAUUCGUCCGUCAGACUGCCAGAUGGUGAAGCAUUGUAUGCUGGAGUGGUGUAAAGCUCGCCGCCAUUGGACUCUGGAGCAGUGGAAACGCGUUUUCUGGAGUUACCAGAAAACGCGUUUCCACUGCUCCAGAGUCCAAUGGCGGCGAGCUUUACACCACUCCAGCCGAUGCUUGGCAUUGCGCAUGGUGAUCUUAGGCUUGUGUGCAGCUGCUCGGCCAUGGAAACCCCUUUCAUGAAGCUGCUGACGAACAGUUCUUCUGCUGACAGUUUGGAACUUGUGCUGACGUUGCUUCCAGAGGCAGUUUGGAACUCGGUAGUGAGUGUUGCAACCGAGGACAGACGAUUUUUACGCACUUCAGCACUUGGCGGUCCCGUUCUGUGAGCUUGUGUGACCUACCACUUUGCGGCUGAGCUGUUGUUGCUCCUAGAUGUUUCCACUUACAAUAACAGCACUUACAGUUGACCGGGGCAGCUCAAACAGGGCAGAAAUUUGACGAACUGACUUGUUGGAAAGGUGGCAUCUUAUGACUGUACUGCGUUGAAAGUCACUGAGCUCUUCAGUAAGGUGAUUCUACUGCCAAUGUUUGUCUAUGGAGAUUGCAUGGCUGUGUGCUCGAUUUUAUACACCUGUCAGCAACGGGUGUGGCUGAAAUAGCUGAAUCCACUAAUUUGAAGGGGUGUCCACAUACUUUUGUGUAUAUAUAGUGUAAGUACCUGACCUAUAGAACUAAGGCAUACAACUGGGGCAAAACAGCACCCUGUUCCCUGUGUCCAUUUGACAAGUUCUAUGCUGUUAUCACUGACUGAUGACCACACUAACUGAUUUUCUGUCUCUCUCUGUCAGACGAGAUGUCCAGGGUGUUGCCCUCAUUGGCAAUGGAGGACCAGGUUUCUUCUCGCCCCAAAGUCGCCGCCCAUGUCACUGGUAGCUUCGCUCCCAAAGCAGAGAGGGAGGGAGGAGGUGAGACAUGUUUUAGUUUACACCCUUCAUACUCUACAACUACAAUAGAGACACUGUGUGUGUGUCUAACCCUUUGAAGACUGGUGAUGAGUGUUUGAUGAACGCAGGUUAGACUCCGGGGGCAUGUGUGUGCUGUGUUCUUCAGGUGUGUGUGUGUGUGUGUGUGUGUGUGUGUGUGGGGAGAGCUUCAAAGUGAUUAUAUAUCACUACAGUAACUAGUAAUACAUGCAGCAUAUCUGUCCCAUGUGAGCUCUAAACCCAGUGACUUGGUAUAACUGGCAGAAUGCCCCAACCAUCUCUACACCAUCUGGACAGACAGACAGCUCGGUGUGAAGUGGUAGAUAUAUUGGCCAGACCAAGUCUGUAGACAUAUGUUCUGUGGUGCCAUCUAUGGCCUCUUAUAGCAGCACACUUUCCAUAAUACAGUAUGUAUUGUGGGGAUUGAGGCAACAUAUGUCCACAAACUGUUCUAUUCUAUUCUUAACCUAUUCUAUUCUGUCUUAAGAACCAGCCUUGUCUACUGUAGGCAAGAGGGUUUAUUGUCUUCUCAGGAAAUCAGCCUUCUCUGUGUUGCUCUUGACACCCCCCAUUCUGUCACACACCUCUGUGAAGCAGAGUUUCUGUUGUGAUAACAUCUUGUAGGUCUGAUAUCUGAUUAGAGGUUAACUUGACAUUAAUGCUAUUGGUUAACAACUCAGAUUUUGAAUCCAAACAACUCAGAUGUUAUAAAGGAGUCUCAGAUUAAUUGACUCUUUGUUUCUGACCUGCUCUGGUGAGAUACACUCUCGCUCUUUCUUUCUCCACCCCAGGGACUCUUGGGGCAUGGCCUUUCAGGCUAUGACCUCUCUCUCUCUCUCUCUCUCACUCUUUCUUUAUUUCUCUCUCUCUUGCCCUCUGUCUCUCUCUUUCUCUCUCUCUCUCUCUCGUUUUGCCUUGUAACUUAAGUUUAUGUCUUGUAUGUGAGUUAAUACAUUACAAAGUUAUGAAAUAUCUGCCUUUGAUAAUAUAAACUCUGACCUUUCUUUAUAAACAAUUUCUGUAACUCAACAAUAGUCCUGCUUGCCCAUUGCUAAAUCAUCUUUACGAGUCAGAUUAAAAUUUGAAUAGACCUUUAUCAUAAUAAUUGCAUUAUGGGUCGCAUGUGAGGUAUGCAUAUAUAUUUAUAUAUCAAAUAUUACUUCACUACAACUGUUCCAUUUUAUUCUUAACCGAUUCUAUUCCGUCUUAAGACCCAGCCCUGUCUAACUCCUGACCCUCGUUCCUGUCUGGCCACAGGUUCUCCUGGGCGGCGUGUGCAGGGGCAGAAGAUCUCGUGGUGGGAGGGGCAUAAAGGGCUGGCAUUCCUUCAGGACGUUCAAUUGAUUGACGGGGAGCUGGUGGUGCCUCGCCCAGGACUCUACUAUAUCUACGCCCAGACCUACUUCAGACACACCCACCCUGGGGGAGAGGAGGGGGAUGAAGAGGUGGAAGAGGAGAAGGAGCAGAGGGGGAGACCCAUGUUGCAGUAUGUUUAUAAGAAAGUGAGUUCACAGUGCCAGGGUCACGUUCAGGGGACUUGUAGACAUGAAACAUAAGAAAAUGGUUUGAAAUGGAGGUGCCACCUGAACUUGUCCUAUAAGAACAUUUAUUUUCAGUUUUUCCAAUUUCAACAGUUAUAUCUUACUGUAUAGUGGUGGUGCUGUGUGCCCCCUCCUCCAGGUGUCGUCCUACCCGGUACCCAUCCUGCUGAUGAAGACCAGCCGGACCUCCUGCUGGUCCCGGGACUCCCAGUUCUCUCUACACUCCGCCCACCAGGGGGGGCUGUUCCCAUUGGCCGCCGGGGACCGCCUCCUCGUCACCGUUAGCAACGCCUCCGCCAUUGACAUGGAUGAGAGGAGCAGCUUUUUUGGGGCUGUCCUGGUCAGCUAGAGGUCAGGGGUUAGUCUGUAUGGUGGCUUGGAUGGUUUGGGACACCAGCAUACUCACUGUUUGGGAACCAGAUGUGUGUGUGUACUGACACAGAUCAUUCGAGAGCUGUGUGUGAGUAUGUGUGUUUGUAUGCAUG